CUCUAACCAACCGGUUUGCGGUUUUUGAACACUCAUCACUCAUUCUUCGAGAAGGGACAGACAGAGUUACUGAACUGACUGCAACCGUCGUCUGCCUUCUCAAACUCAGCAGAGCAGAGAACUCUUUACUCUUUGUGUAAUUGUGAUUGUGACUUGCAAUAAUUUCCCCCCAAAAGUAUGGAGAUCCAAAUCUUCAGCACAUCUGGAAAUAAACCCAUUGGAACACUUGAUACUCUCAGGAAUUCGUCAACGAUAAAAGAUGUUAAAAGGGGAGUUCAAAGGCUCAAAAGCAACUUGUAUCCCGACCGGCAAAGUAUCCGGCUGGAGGCUAAAGGAAAGACGCUCAAAGAAGACGAAACGUUGCAAAGUCUCGGACUUAAAAGUGGAGGAAAGCUGUAUGUGAAAGAUCUCGGUCCACAGAUCGGUUGGGUGACUGUGUUCCUGGCUGAGUAUGCAGGUCCGCUGUUCAUAUAUCUGUGGUUCUACCAGAGACCAUGGCUGUUCUACGGUGAUGUGGUUCAAACACCUCAUUACGUCGUCCACAUAGCAGCUGGUUGCUGGACGUUUCAUUACGCCAAGAGGAUCCUGGAGACACUGUUUGUCCAUCGCUUCUCUCAUGCGACAAUGCCUAUCAUGAACUUAUUCAAGAACUGCUCCUACUAUUGGCUGUUCACCGCAUAUGUAGCGUAUCAUGUCAACCACCCAUUGUAUACGGCCCCUGGUGACUUGCAGAUAUAUGCUGCUCUGGCUGGCUUUGUUAUCAGUGAGCUGGGUAACUUCAGCAUCCACGUCGCCCUGCGUAACCUUCGUCCACCCGGAACCACUUUACGAAAGAUUCCCGUACCAACGGCCAAUCCACUCACAGCUCUCUUCAACUUUGUCUCCUGUCCCAACUACACUUACGAGUUCCUCAGCUGGCUCUCGUUUACAAUCAUGACUCAAUGCUUGCCAGCUGGUCUGUUCACCCUGGCCGGUAUGUACCAAAUGACAGUUUGGGCCCUUGGCAAACAUCGCAACUACAAGAAGGAGUUCUCAAGCUAUCCUCGCCAGAGAAAAGCCAUCUUGCCAUUUAUCAUUUAAGCGUUACCAGGAAUCAAAGUUUAGGUUUACAAGAUGCAAGCUAUGGACUAUUUUAAGUUGAUUUUAGAAAGGUUUGGUUAUUUGUAAAUUGUGCUAUCUCAAUGUUAAAGUGCAAACAGGUAUUUAUAUUUAUUGUGUUCAAGACCAUGAACAUCCGUUGUGUUUUUUAAGCAUUCUAAACUUUUUGGUCUCUGUACAUACAAUCUACAGGGAAAUUUAGUUUGGAUUGGAAUUUUUUGAGCCUAUAAAUUUUUUUCCUAAUUACAGGUGUAAAGCAUCAACAAUCAUAGGAAAAAAUACUUGCCACGGAGGCUCAUGGUCAUUGUUUUUUUAUGCUCUCUCAUGUUACGAAUGUUUUGUUUUUUGUUAAUAUUGUUUUAUUGUUACUUAUUGUGACCCAAAGAGGAUAGUGAGCACAUUUUGAUAUCGUUUUACAAAAACUUCAAACGUCUUGUGCGCCCUUAAAAAUCUAUUUUGUGUGUUGGGUGAUGGAGGAACUGUUUUUUAAUGGGUAAUUUUAGUCACCAAGUAUACUAAUGUGAAAUAUAUUAUGUUGUCUAAACAAUUUUGUGUGUGUAAAUUUAACUGAACAAAUUAGGCCUAUGCAGCUCUAGAAAACGGUAUUAAUGUUUCUGGAGUAUAUUAAAGUUUGUAAACAUAAUUUAAAGUUGCUUAAUGGAUAUGACAUUUUUUUGGUUGUGGUAAGGUUAAGACAACUGAUCAAGUCAUUACAAAGUUUUACCACUUGUGUUCAAAUAACAUUCCCAUAUCUUUAAAAUGCAUUUUAAGUUAGUUUAUGACUGAAAACUUUUGUCAAAUAAGGUUGUGAACUCCAAAUCGUUUUUUGUGUGAACAAAGAAAAAUGAUCAGUAUACAAUGCACAUAAAUUAUCUUAAAAUUUCAAACAUUAGGUAGGGUUUUUAUGCAAUAUUUUCCUAUUUCUUUGUUGAUUUAGGCUAAAUAAUAAAUUAUUGCUGUAAAAUGAGUGGUGGAGAAAUGUUCCCCUUUUUUUAGUAAUACAAGCUGUUUAAAAUAUAUAA